AUGUCACGCAGAACCACUCGCUCCUCGGCGAGACUUGCUACAGACCCUCCUCCUCCUCCGCCCGCUGACAUCGGUGUCGCUUCGAAUUCCGCCGCUGGUUCGGCUUCCCUCAAACGCAAGGCCUCGAUUCGCCGGGACCGACAUUCGGACACCCCGAAUCAACCCACGGCCCCGUCCCCUCCCCGUCGAUCGAAACGACAACGAACUGUAGCUCCCAGCACAGCUACAUCUGCUGGCCCUGCUGCUGGUACUCGCCGUGUUGCCCGAAGCCGUCCAAACAUGUCACAACCAGGGUGCACCAUCUUCUCGACCGUCGGAGGAAUCGAAGUCCACGACAUCUCCGCCCCCGCCCGGCGGAGAUCCAGCCGCAAUGAUCGAAUUGCGACAACACAAUCUCCGCCCCCACGACGCCAACAGAAGAAACGUCAGACAAAGACAAAUCCUGAUGUCCUAACACGGGAUGCGGAGGAGGAUCUGGAAGAACACGAGGAAAAGGAAGAAAGAGACGAGUCACCAGAACGUGAUAGCAAUGACGGUACAAAUCACUCGGCCUUCGACGAUGAAGAUUUGGAUCCGUUCAGUAGCAGUCUUUUUGGAGGUCGGGGACCAAUGGGUCUACAAAGUACACUGCGUGCCCUCAGUGGAAUGAUGUCUGGCAUGUCCUCGCGACUACGAGAUAUUCUCUGUAACCUGAGAGCAAAGGAUUCUCCUUCGCUCCAAUUAAUCGCUUUACAGGAGCUGUCAGAUCUUUUACUCGUCUCCAACGAAGACAACCUAUCAGGACAAUUCUCCCCUGAUCCAUACGUCAAGGAGCUGGUUACGUUAAUGCAACCAAAUCAGUUCGGCGAGGAAAACCCCGAAAUAAUGCUGCUUGCUUGCCGUUGUCUUGCCAACCUGAUGGAAGCCCUCCGGGGCUCUGUGGCUAAUGUUGUGUAUGGUGGCGCCGUGCCGAUCCUGUGCCAGAAGCUCCUGGAUAUCCAGUUCAUCGAUCUUGCCGAGCAAGCUUUGAGUACACUCGCAAAGAUAUCAGUGGACUUCCCUGCCUCGAUCGUGCGUGAAGGUGGCUUGACGGCAUGCUUAACCUACCUGGAGUUCUUCCCAACAAGCACACAGCGAACUGCUGUUACUACUGCUGCCAACUGCUGCCGCAACCUGCCUCUUGAUUCAUUCCCCGUCGUGCGGGACGUAAUGCCCACUCUACUGAACGUCCUUUCUAGCAAUGACCCCAAGGUGGUCGAGCAGGGCUGCCUAUGUGUUUCCCGUAUUGUCGAGAGUUACAAGUACCGGUCCGAGAAUCUAGAAGAGCUCAUCGAGCCGGCAAUGCUCAAGGCUAUUCUCCGGCUUCUGCUCCCUGGUACCACAAACCUGAUCGGCCCACACAUCCAUACCCAAUUUCUUCGAGUCCUUGCAAUCACGGCGAAGGCUAGUCCGCGCUUGUCGAUCGAGUUGCUCAAAAUGAAUGUUGUGGAUACGCUAUAUCAGAUCUUGACAGGAGUCUCGCCUCCCGAAGACACCGACAACACGGCUGUCAAGAUGGAUAGCGUCUUGGUUAUGCAGGCCUUGAUCCAUCGGCCCCGCGAGCAAGUCUUCGAAACUCUCAAUGUCAUUUGCGAACUCCUGCCAGGCGUUCCUAGUCGCGAGGCCACCCGGACAGACAGCAUCCUCAGUUCUUACUUUGAUAGCAAUAUGUCAAUCGGCCUGAAGUCGUCCAAAUCCAAGGAGUCGGCCGAGGAGCGACGUGCAUUGCUGGAUGACUGCAAGUCGGAGCUCAAGCGGUUUGCCACCAUCCUCUUCCCGACAUUGACCGAUGCCUUCUCGAGCACGGUCAACCUCCAUGUUCGCCAAAAGGUUCUCAUUGCGCAACUUAAAAUGCUACACAUUUUGGAGCCCAUUUUGAUUGAGGAUGCCUUGCGGACCGUCCCAUAUGCCUCAUUCCUGGCAUCGAUUCUCUCCCAGAAAGACCACCCCUCCCUCGUUUCUCUCGCUCUACGCUGCUCAGAACUGUUGUUUGAGCGACUGGAACACGUCUAUCAGCAUCAAUUCCAUCGUGAAGGUGUUAUCUCGGAAAUAGUGAAGCUUUCCGAGGCACCUCUCUCUCCCGAUGGCGAAAAGGCCGAAGAGGCCAAGAAAAAAGCAACCGAGAACUCCACCGAUGUUGACAUGGAUGCCGACAACGGCGGUGGGAGCGGCAGCAAGAAAGAUGAGGACUCCGAAGACGAUGGCGAUGAUUACGAUGACGAUGCUGAAGAUGACAACGAAGAAGACUCGGAUUCAGAAGACUCCUCAGUCUCUGGCCGGCAGUCGUUGGCUAAGAUUGAAAAUGCUCUUCAUGAUCUUGUCAUCCGUGACGCAAAUGCGUUCUUAAAGGUUUACGAAGAAGGCCAGGGCGCUAAAGUUCGCACCGAAGCUCUCCGUAUCCUGACUGAACUGCGAUCUCUAGCAAGCCAAAUCCGGGAAUCCUAUGCUACCCAGGGCGAUGAUGGCCUUGCGCUUUUCAAACGUCUCGCGACUUACUUUGACGGGGAUGCACUAGAAAGUAUUACCAGCUCGGAGCUUCUGAAUUCUGGCAUCAUCGAAGUUUUCCUAGAGGUUCUUGGUGAUUCCAAAGCUCCUAACAUCCGCAUCGCGCGGUCCGCCUUCUUGCAAGCUUUCAUGGGGGCCACAAUUUCCGAAAAGGCCCAGAGCCAGAGCACGGCCGUAACCCCUUUCAGUGUUUUGAUUCGAAAGCUCCAGGAUUUGCUCAGCCGAACAGAGCAUUUCGAAGUUCUAACCGUCAGUCACAAUUCGCUCGAGAACACCCGCAGCAAUGCUACAUACAUGCUCGGCAAGCAGCUCCGACUUAAGCUGGUCGCAGAAGAGGGAUCUGACGUUCCUCGCCACUACCGAAAUAUUAUGGUCUCUAUUCAUGCCAUAGCUACAUUCAAGUCCCUUGAUGACUUCCUCCAGCCAAAGAUCGCCAUAUCGGAACGCCCUCGUCACUCUCGUGCCCGUGACACUAUCCUGUCCCAGAUUUCUCAAGCUGCGCGUCUUCGGGAUCAGUUGACUGCCCCGCACUCUGGUAGUCCACUGGCCCGCACUGAAGGCCAAACCAAUAUCAACGAGUCUGCCGACGAAGACCAGGAACGAACAACUCCGGGCGAUCACGGCCGCCACAUGCAUUUCCAAGAGGAAGACGACGAGCAUGACGACGAACCACUAGAAUGUGCCGAUGAGAGGCAACUGAGCGACGAGGACGAGGACGUGGACGAUGGGGAUGAAGACGAGGAGCUCAAUGCAAUAGUUGAUGACCUAGAUGAUGAUCUUGAGGAUGACAAUGUCCACGACCCAACCGCUGUCAACAUGGAAGUCGGAUCUUCUGGCAAAGUCACCGCACGCAAAGAAGACGGCACACGGAUCGGCACACCGUCUCAGUCUACACCGGCGUCCAAGCCUUCCUCGUCGUUACCAAGUACAGCCUCGUCAAACAAUACACGCCACCAGCCUUUGUCAACUGCCGGGCGCCCGUUCCAAUCAUAUGCCGCUGCCAUGGCAUCGAUACCACAGGACUGGCACCUCGAGUUCUUCGUGGAUGGAAAAGUUGUUCCUAGCGACACCACCGUAUAUCGUGCUGUCCACCACAACCGUGAGCACAUAGAGGAGUCCCACGCCAAGAAUGUUUGGACUGCAAUCCACACAGUGACGUUCAAACGUGUUCCAGGACCUCCGCCAGCUGAGCCGUCGACACUUGCCACCGCUGGACAGGAGGAAUCUUCAUCUGGCGACAGCCUUGAAAUUCCAGCUUCUCUGGAUAAGGAUGCUACCACCGCCUCUAUUCUUCGAUUCCUUCGGGUCUUGCAUGAAAUGAACUCAACAAUCGAUGAUAUUUUGACAGAGACUAGGGAUCCUGUCAACAUCACCCCCGAGCCACUGGCUCAGUUCAUUAACACCAAGCUCACUGCCAAGGUGAACCGACAGCUCGAGGAGCCAUUGAUUGUGGCUAGUAGCUGUCUUCCAAGCUGGAGCGAAGACUUAGCUCGACUGUUCUCUUUCCUGUUCCCGUUCGAGACCAGGCAUCUCUUCCUUCAGUCGACUGCGUUCGGAUAUUCUCGCGCCAUGAUGAGAUGGCACAACUCCCAGAGCACCGAAGAUAGUCGACGAGACAUGCGUCGUGAUAACCAACCAUUCCUCGGUCGCUUGCAACGUCAAAAGGUUCGAAUCUCCCGGGCACGUAUUUUGGAUUCAGCUAUGAAGGUCAUGGAACUCUACGGCUCCUCCCCGAGUGUCCUUGAGGUCGAGUAUUUUGAAGAGGUUGGAACUGGAUUGGGACCUACACUCGAGUUCUACUCAACCGUCUCCAAGGAGUUCUCGAAGAAGAAGCUCAAGAUUUGGCGUGAAACUGAUGGUCACUCCGCUAUUCCCGAAUAUGCCUUUGGCAAGCGUGGUCUAUUCCCAUGCCCAAUGAGUGAAGAGCAGGCAUCUCAAGACUCCGGCAAGAAGCAGUUGAACAUAUUCAAGAUUCUCGGCAAAUUCGUUGCACGUUCCAUGCUCGACUCCCGAAUCAUUGAUAUAUCUUUCAACCCAGCUUUCUUCCGUAUUGCCGAUACUCUGUCCUCUGUUGCCCCAUCCCUGGGAACCGUGAAAGCAGUGGAUGAAGAUCUAGCUAAGUCCUUGUUCAUGCUCAAGCAAUUUGUCAAGGCAAAGAAGAACAUCCGAAAGAACAAGACCUUAUCGGAACAAGAGAAGGCCGAUGCCAUUCAAAACAUCCAAGUCGAUGGUGUUCGCGUCGAUGACUUAAGCUUGGACUUCACCCUGCCCGGUUAUCCGUCAAUUGAGCUUGUUCCCAAUGGCGGUGAUGUUUCAUUGGAUAUUGACAAUGUUGAUCAAUACAUCGAGCGAGUCAUUGACAUGACUCUGGGCAGUGGCGUCAGACGCCAGGUGGAUGCCUUCCGAUCUGGAUUCUCACUCGCCGAGGAAGACUGGUCCAUUGAGACUCUCAUGGACUCCAUCAAAGCAGACCAUGGAUUUAACAUGGACAGCAAGAGUGUGCGCAAUCUGCUUCAAACAAUGAGUGAACUAGACAAGCAGCAGCGUCGCGAUUUCCUUCAGUUUGUUACGGGAAGCCCGAAGCUUCCAAUUGGCGGUUUCAAAAGUCUUACCCCCAUCUUCACUGUGGUGUGCCGCCCCAGUGAACCGCCCUAUACUCCGGACGAUUACCUCCCUAGCGUCAUGACCUGUGUGAACUACCUCAAGCUACCCGACUACAGCACCCUGGAUGCCCUCGGUGCACGACUAUCCGUCGCCAUCAAAGAAGGACAAGGAGCAUUCCAUCUGUCCUAG